UAAAAGCUCUGCAAGUCUGCAAUAAAAAUGGCCUCCAAUAAAACUACAUUGAAAUCCAAAGUGUUUAAGUGACAAGAAUUAGUGAAGCCAAAAAGAGUACCAGAAAACAAUCUUGCAUUGAAUCAAAGAAUUUUAGUCCAGCAAAGAACACAGAUGGAGAUGUUCCCCACUUGUAGCCUGCUUGCCUCGUCACCACACAAAAUGGGAAAGAAACAGAAUGGCAAAGGUAAAAAAGUUGAAGAGGCAGAACCUGAAGAAUUUGUUGUGGAGAAAGUCCUGGACAGACGUGUUGUAAACGGAAAGGUGGAAUACUACUUGAAGUGGAAAGGAUUUACAGAUGCUGACAACACGUGGGAACCUGAAGAAAACUUAGAUUGUCCAGAGCUAAUUGAAGCUUUUCUGAACUCUCAGAAAGCUGGUAAAGAAAAAACAGAUGGUGCCAAAAGAAAAUCUUUGUCAGAUAGCGAAUCCGAUGAUAGUAAAUCAAAGAAAAAGCGUGAUUCUGUUGAUAAACCAAGAGGGUUUGCAAGGGGUCUUGAUCCUGAGCGGAUAAUUGGCGCUACGGAUAGCAGUGGAGAGCUUAUGUUCCUUAUGAAAUGGAAGGACUCUGAUGAGGCAGAUCUGGUGCUGGCCAAAGAAGCUAACGUGAAGUGUCCUCAGAUCGUAAUUGCUUUUUAUGAAGAGCGACUAACUUGGCAUUCGUGCCCAGAAGAUGAAGCACAAUAAUUAUUUGCAUUGCUUUUUUAUAUAUAUGAAUAUUAAAACCUGAAAUUUGAUUUAUUAGUAAUGUGAGAGGCAUACAUUCUAACAAGAAUCAAAUUUGGUAUUUUUUUGAAGUAGUAUGUUUUGCAUCAACAGCAAGUAAAUAAAAGCUUUCUGCAACUUGUUUCAUUUAUCACAAGAGCAUUUGAUACUACUACUUCCUCCAUAUUAGGUAAAAGCUUUUAUAAAACAUUCAUAAACUUCCAUAGUUAUGACAGAAUCAUAAUGAAUGUCUAAACAAACUCACAGAUGUUUUGUAGUCUUAUAUACUAUUGAUGUGCAUGUAUCUUCUUUACCCAAACCUAGCCCUUUAAACCUGUAGAGUCACUCUUUUUAUUAGUAUUUGGGAUCACUUGGUCAUAAGUCCAGGUGAAAACUAACUUUGUAGUAAUUUGAAUGUUAUCAGACUGUAUAUUGUUUACUUUAUUGUAAAUACUGGUGAACAGUGGUCAAUAAAAUAGUUUUAUAUUCU